CGAUGAUUUUACGUCAAACGUGUUUGUCAAGUGAAACCGGCGAUCGAAGCAUUUAUUAGAAAAAUAGCUGAAUACUUGCAUAAAAUAAGAUUUUAAAUACAAAAACAGGGAAUCCUCUGAUUCAGUAGGUUAUAGAAAUGUAUCUUCGUGCAUUACUCCUAUUAUCACUAAGUACACUAUGUCUGAGCAACACUUUGCAAGGCACCAUAGACCUGAAGCGACUGCAGACUAUUCUCCAAGAUAAUAUAAAAAGUAAAGAGAUCACAUCUCUGUACUACUCUAUUAAAGGUUUAGUGCAAUUAAAUGCUAACAUUCCUAACAUUUGUGAGGAUCUCAAAACAGUGAAAUAUGAUCCAAGCAAUAUUGAACAAGUAUUCCAACUGGCAAAUGCUGCUCAUAUAUCCAACUGCCUCAACUCAUUGAAGCCAGAUAUUUUGUCAGCGGCAACACAAGUGUUGGACAAGAAGGAUGCUACCAUUCCUGAGAUAUAUCAUGCAGUUUACACCCUGAAGGCUCUUGGCAAGGGUACAGUUUAUGAUAAAGAGGAUGCUCUGAAGAAUCUGAUUCAAUUGUUGAAGAAAGACGACUCUCCUGCCAACUAUGCCUACGUGUUCGCGCUGUGUGAGCACAUGGGUUGCGGCGCGUGGACCGCCACUCACGCGGAGGGCGUGCUGCUGGCCGCCGACGAGAGCGACAGCAAGGCGCUGCACUUCGAGGGGGGACUGCCUGUUACCUCCAACCUGCUUACCACUAUCUCCAGGACUUACAGAGGCCAGAAGAAGCCUUCCCCUCUGAGUGAGGAGCAGAGAUACAAGUUCGCCGAGUACCUGUUGUCGCGCCGCUCCGUUAACACACCGAAGGGCGCCUGUCUGCUGCUCGAAGCCGCUACUGCUCUGGCUGACGAUGUGCCUUCUCCAAUCAGUAUCACUAUCAAGGGAAAGAAGUACAUCACAUCAGAAUCUGAUUCAAUUGAGUUCUCCAUCACCGAUUUGAUAGGCCGCCCAGUGCGUUUCCUCAAGGCUGAAGAAGUGGUCGCACAGUCCGGCACCCGUCUCGCUGACGACGUCGUAGUCCUCUCUAAACAACCUUUAACACAGAAAGCCAAUGAACCUACAACUUUCGUCCUUAACCUCAGCAAGAUUAAGGCUCAGUAUGGUUUGUACAAGAUCGCACUGAGUGCUGCAUCCAAAACAGCCAAUGUGAAUGUUGCGGUUUUGGGCGAGAUCCAAGUAAGCACAGUUGAGGUCGGCAUCGGCGAUGUUGAUGGAACUACCAGCCCUAAAGUUACUACUGUAGCACACCCCAAUAAGUUGACUGAAAAGCUACAGGCUGACCAUUUGCAAAAGGUGACCCUGAAGUUUACGGUGAAAGACAAGUGGAACAAGCCGGUGUUGGUGCAGCAAGCCUUCGUUCGUGUCGCCUCUGCUAACGAUGACCACGAGACCAUCUUCGUAGCUGAACCCGAUAACACCAAGGCUUACAAAGUUGAACUUAACGUGGGCGGCAUCGCCAAACACCUGAACUAUCAGUCGGGAGCGUACUCGCUGACGAUGUACCUCGGCGACAGCGCCGUGUCCAACCCCAUCGCGUGGCCUGUCGGGGAAGUGCUCUUCAACUUCGGGAACCAAGUAGCUGCUGCCGUUGAGCGCAAGCCGGCAGUCCGCGGGCCGCUGGCGAGCAUCUCGCACGUGUUCCGGUCCCCGGAGGCGCGGCCGGCGCGCGUGGUGUCGGACGUGUUCGCGGCCGCCUGCGCCGCGCCGCUGCUGCUGCUGCUGCUGCUCUGGGCCAGGCUCGGACUCAACUUCUCCAACUUCCCUCUCACACCCAGCGCACUCAUCUUCCAUCUCGCUCUCGGAGCGUCCCUGGGCCUGUACGGCGUGUUGUGGCUGCAGCUGUCCAUGUUCGACACGGUCCGCUACCUGGUCCCGCUGGGCGCGCUCACGUUCCUGUCGGGCCACCGCCUGCUGCGCCGCCUCGUCAAGGACAAGGCGCACUCGCGCUAAUCACCACACUACACUUUAACCACAAGUUACAUUCGCCACCCUAGGUUAUGUGGACAAACUAUUCAGAAUAUUCUUGUGAAUGGCGGGUAUUUGUUAUGGUAGUUCGUGUGCUUGUGAUAUUUAAGUCUGAUAAAAAUCUAGGUUUAUAACGAGUACGAUACUUACAGAUAAGUUUUAUUACCCUUUUGUGAGAAAGUGAGAUAGCAUUACAUUAAUUACUUUACAAAUAAAUGAUCAGACGAAUGGAUAUUUUCCAAUUACCAUGGUAAUCUAAAUAGUUUGUUCUAGUAAACAGUAACUUGCGCACUAAGAUUUAUUUUAUUAGAUAUAAUUUAUAGACUUGUUAUUGCAAUUUAUUUCCAAUGAGUUAUGCAAGAGAUGUGUGACAGUGUGAAGCAACGAAUCAUGUUCAGGCAAUUGAAUUCAAUCAGCACUGUCCUUAAAAUGUCUCCAGAAUAAGUAUCAUACUAGAAUAAUUGAAUGUGUGGAAAAUUACUGAUUUCACUUUAGUUGUUCCUGUAAUUUAGGAACUCUGCUGAUGUAGCAACAAACAAGA